CGCGGCGUCAUAGGUCAUAGCCCACCAGACAGCAACGUCUACGUGUCGCCUCUUCGCCUUCUCGUCCAGUCCAGUACUGCCUAUUAAUUAGGGCGCGACACAGGCCAAAGCCAAAGCCCUCCCAGUGGUGGUGGAGCCGCAGCUAGCACCUAGAUAGCUAGCCAUGGCGGCCACGCCGUCGCCGUUGCCGCGGUGGGCGCCGACGCCGAGCCCCUCGCGGCCGCUAUGGCGCUGGGGCGCUCGCCAUCAUCAGCCUGGCGGCGGCGGCGGCGCGGGCACCAGCUGGUGGUCUCGUAUUGCGAGCGGCGUCUUCGCGUGGGGUGGCCGCGGGCGUCACCGUGGCGCGGCGCCGUCGGACGAAGCAGCAGCAGCGGUCGCCGGACGACGAUCGGGGUGCGAGCUGCAGGUGGUGGUGCCAUCGUCGGCGCCAGCGGCCGUGGCUGCGGAGGACGCCGCCGGCGACGGCGACCCCCGGGCGUUCCUGACGUGGGAGGACGUGCGCGUGACGGUGGCCGGCGGCCCGCGCGGGGCGCCGGACGUGAGGAUCCUGGACGGGAUCACCGGGCACGCGCGCCCCGGUGAGGUGCUGGCCAUCAUGGGCCCGUCCGGCGGCGGCAAGACGACGCUGCUGGACACCCUCGCAGGAAGGUUAGGACCCGGCAUGAAUAAAACAGGUCUGAUUUUGAUCAAUGGCCGGCAGGAGAAGCUUGCCUAUGGAACCUCGGCAUACGUGACCCAAGACAACGUGCUGAUGUCGACGCUGUCGGUGCGGGAGGCCGUGUACUACUCAGCGCAGCUGCAGCUGCCCGACACGACGCCGGCGGCGGAGAAGCGGGCGCACGCGGAGCGGGUGAUCCGGGAGAUGGGGCUCGCGGACGCCAUGGACACGCGCAUCGGCGGCCGCGUCACCAAGGGCAUCAGCGGCGGGCAGCGGAAGCGGCUCAGCAUCUGCAUCGAGAUGCUGACGCGGCCGCGCCUGCUCUUCCUGGACGAGCCCACCAGCGGCCUCGACAGCGCCGCGUCCUACCACGUCAUGAGCCACAUCGCGCGCGUCGCCGCCCGCGACGGCAUGACCGUCGUAGCCGCCGUGCACCAGCCCAGCGGCGACGUCUUGGAGCUCUUCCACGGCCUAUGCCUGCUCGCAGCCGGAAGGACGGUGUUCUUCGGGACCAUCUCUGACGCCACCGAGUUCUUCUCUCUGAACGGCUUCCCAUGCCCACGCCUGAGAAGCCCGUCAGACCACUUCCUCAGAACAAUCAACAAAGACUUUGACGAGGAAACCGUGGUGGAGAGCUCUGACAAAGCUAAAAGGAAAACAGCAGCUGAUGAGGCAAUAGAAAUCCUGGCGACUGCAUACAGAUCAUCCAUUUACUUGGACAAAACCACAGACCAAAUUGUCGAAAUGAAAAGCAUGGAUGGAGCUUCAUUUCGGCGGAGAGAACACGCAAGCUUUGGCACCAAGCUCCUUGUGCUGACGAGGAGAUCGUUCCUGAACAUGCACAGGGACGUAGGGUACUACUGGAUGCGUCUGGCCAUCUACAUGGGCAUUGGCGUGUGCCUAGGCACUAUCUUCUACCAACUUGGCUACAGCACCUACAGCUCUAUCCAGAGUCGAUGUGAAGUAAUCAUGUACACCAUCGCACUCCUAACUUUCAUGUCCAUCGGAGGAUUUCCAUCCUUCGUAGAAGACGUCAAGGUGUUCAGAAAGGAGAGGCUGAGCGGCCACUACGGCGUGUCGGAGUUCGUCAUCUCCAACACCAUCUCCGCCACUCCGUACCUGUCCGUCGUUUCCCUACUGCCCGGCGCGAUGCUGUACUACCUCACGGGCCUGUCCAAAGGCGCCGACCACUUCGUCUACUUCGUCAUGGUGCUCUGCGUCUGCUGCCUCCUGGUCGAGAGCAUGAUGAUGGUCAUCGCCGCCGUCGUCCCGGACUUCCUGAUGGGGAUCAUCGUCGGCGCCGGGGUGCAGGGGGUCAUGAUGCUCAACGGCGGCUUCUUCCGCCUCCCCAACGAGCUGCCCAAGCCCGUCUGGAAGUACCCCUGCUACUACCUGUCCUUCCACAAGUACGCCGUGCAGGGGCUCUACAAGAACGAGUUCGUGGGGCUGUCGUUCCCGAGCGACCAGCUCGUCGACUCCAAUGUCACCGUCAGUGGCCUCCAGGUCCUCGAGUACAAGCUGCAGGUGGAGAUGGGGUACUCCAAGUGGGUCAACCUUGCCAUCCUCUGCGGGAUGAUGCUGGUGUACAGGAUGAUUUUCUUCGCUAUCGUCAAGAUCUCCGAGGAAGUUCGGCAGAAAAGGGGUGGCAAAAGAGGAUGUGUUAGAUAGUACGUAGCCGGCUCUUCUUCAUAUAUGUAUGUGUGUAUCUCUUUCCUCUCCCCCAUUAUUCUUCCAAAUUGUAUAAGCUGCUGACACCAUGGGUCGGAUAGACAACCGACCACAAUUCUCCACCUCAACGACAAUUAAACUAUAAGCCAACAGAAGUUCAAUCUUCAAACUCUUCAUCUUCAAAUCAGCAUGUAACAAUCUCACCGCCUCCAAACCUCCACUAGGGAGCUACCUCGGGCAAGCACGAACACCCACCAAACUCAAACAAUGCUCGAACUUGGCUCUUGGGACCA